AUGGCGGCCGCGGGAGUGGUGGCGGGGCUGGGGAGCAGCGACUUCUCGGACCUACGGGAGAUCAAGAAGCAGCUGCUGAGCGUGGCGGAGCGGAGCCGCGAGCGUGGCCUCCAGCACAGCGGGAAGUGGGCCUCCGAGCUGGCCUUUGCCUUGGACCCCCUGCCGCUGAGUGAGCUGCCGCCGCCCCCUGCGCUCACGGAGGAGGAUGCUCGUGAUCUGGAUGCCUAUACAUUAGCCAAGUCUUACUUUGAUCUAAAGGAAUAUGACAGAGCUGCCUAUUUUCUACGGGGCUGCAAGAGUCAGAAAGCUUACUUCUUGUAUAUGUAUUCUAGAUACCUGUCAGGGGAAAAGAAGAAGGAUGAUGAGACAGUGGAUAGUUUGGGACCUCUGGAAAAAGGACAGGUAAAAAAUGAAGCUCUAAGAGAAUUGAGAGUUGAGCUCAGCAAGAAACACAAGGCACGGGAGCUGGAUGGAUUUGGCCUUUAUCUGUAUGGUGUUGUGCUGCGGAAGCUGGACCUGGUGAAAGAAGCAAUAGACGUGUUCGUUGAAGCUGCCCAUGUCUUACCUUUGCACUGGGGAGCCUGGCUGGAGCUUUGCAACUUGAUUACAGAUAAAGAGAUGUUGAAGUUCCUGUCCUUGCCAGAUACGUGGAUGAAAGAGUUCUUUCUUGCACACAUUUAUACAGAGCUGCAGCUGAUAGAGGAGGCUCUGCAGAAGUAUCAGAGUCUCAUUGAUGCAGGAUUUUCCAAAAGCACUUACAUCAUCUCUCAGAUUGCAGUUGCCUACCAUAAUAUCCGAGAUAUUGACAAAGCUUUAUCCAUCUUUAACGAGCUAAGGAAACAAGAUCCUUACAGAAUAGAAAACAUGGACACUUUUUCCAACUUGCUAUAUGUAAGGAGCAUGAAGCCUGAGUUGAGCUACCUGGCUCACAAUCUCUGUGAGAUAGACAAGUAUCGUGUUGAGACCUGCUGUGUAAUUGGGAAUUAUUAUAGCUUGCGUUCCCAGCAUGAAAAAGCAGCACUCUAUUUCCAGAGGGCCUUGAAACUGAAUCCUCGUUAUCUGGGAGCCUGGACACUCAUGGGACAUGAGUAUAUGGAAAUGAAGAACACAUCUGCUGCUAUCCAGGCUUAUAGACAUGCAAUAGAGGUGAACAAAAGGGACUACAGAGCAUGGUAUGGCUUGGGGCAAACCUAUGAAAUCCUCAAAAUGCCAUUUUACUGUCUCUAUUACUACCGACGGGCCCACCAGCUCAGACCAAAUGAUUCUCGUAUGCUGGUUGCUCUAGGAGAAUGCUAUGAGAAACUCAAUCAGCUGGUGGAAGCUAAAAAGUGCUAUUGGAGAGCUUAUGCUGUGGGAGAUGUGGAAAAAAUGGCACUGGUGAAACUAGCAAAGCUGCAUGAACAGCUGAAUGAAUCUGAACAGGCAGCUCAGUGCUAUAUCAAAUACAUCCAGGAUAUCUAUUCCUGUGGGGAGAUAGUAGAGCACCUGGAGGUCAGCACUGCCUUCCGUUACCUGGCCCAGUACUACUUCAAGUGUAAGCUCUGGGAUGAAGCCUCAGCAUGUGCUCAGAAAUGCUGCGCAUUCAAUGAUACUAGAGAAGAAGGGAAGGCCCUGCUGCGGCAGAUCUUACAGCUUCGCAACCAAGGAGAAACCUCAUCCACAGAUAUUUCUGCUCCCUUUUUCCUCCCUGCAUCAUUGUCAGCCAACAACACUCCCACACGUCGUGUCUCCCCACUCAAUCUGUCUUCUGUAACACCAUGAACAAUGCUGAUACUUCUAACCUGUGCAUUGAAUGGGAUGUUGCAGAUGGGGCUUACAACCCCUUCUUUCCAGUGAAAUUUCUACAUUGAUUAUUGCCUUCACGUGAAGGGUAGGAGUUAUCAGAGCCCACAACUGAAGAUGGAUGUGCCCUAACAGGCAAAGGUGCAGCCUAUGUGAAAGUGCCUAUGCUGAGAUGUGAGAACCUGCUGUACUUCUCAACAAGUCAUUCCAGUCAGAGGGCAGACAUGUUCCAAUACACAGGACUACUCUUAACUGAAGGAUUGGGAAGAGCUUGUCUGCUUGAGUUAAAAUAUAUUUGAAGUUUGAUUCUGCCCUGUUACCUCUGGUCUUUACUGAACUUCUUUGGAUGACCUCUUAAUGGUAUCAUUGCUGUCUACAUCAGAAACUGUUACUUGCCUGGCUACUUAAGGACUUCUGCUUGUUUUGAACUACACAGAAGAUGUUCCAAUAAAGCAGUAGAUACAGGCACUUAAGUAUAGGUGCCAUGUCUGUGCUGAAGGACUGAGAAAUGUCAGAGGAAUUCCAAGUAGCCACAGGUGACAGCCGUUUGCUGUGGAUCUGAGAGAUACUUUGGCUUUCAGUAGUAAAGCAGCCAGUGGGAUAGCACAAUUAAAAAACUAAUG